GGAGAGCGCCUGCGCGCGGGGGUCACGUGAUCGCGACAUGUCCCCGCCCCCCGGGGAUCUCAGGUGAGGGAACUGGCUGCUGCCCUCAGUCAACACCGGCUCCUAGCUCCAAGUAAGGAGGGGGAGCAGGGGAGGGACAUCACUAACCCGUGCCCGGCCACACCCGGAAUGGGCUGAGGAGCUUACAAUCACUAACUGUCAUUCUCCGAAAUGUGAUAUUACCGAGCGUGUCCUCUGUAACGGGAGACCUGCUCUCACUUUCUGUAGCUCGUGGUAGUCUGUAUAUUUUAUAUUUUGUACUGGAGUGUGCCUCACAUGUAAAAUAACAGACGGUUGUUUACGAACGCACACUUGCCAAGUGUCCCUAUGUAGGAGGGACAGUCCCUGUGUCGUUCUUUUCUUGCCUAAUGUCCCUCUUAGUUGGGAGUUCUCCCUAUUGUUGUUGUGCCUGAGUGUAUAACAGAGCUCCACAGCAAUAAUAAUGUCAGUGAUGGAUAUAUAAACUACAAUACACAUGUUUAGAAAUCAGUCUGUGUAAAUAAGAUACAAUGUUCUUGUUCUAAGUUAAAUCUUAGUUGCAUAAAUUGUUACUAGUAAGUUAUCUAAAAUUUCUCAGAACAGCCCUACCUGGCUACACGCUCACUCACAAUUACCUUAAAAUUAAAGUGUCCUUUCUUUGUCCAUUUGAGAUUUUGGAAGAGAAGCCAAAGUACGUAUUGUUGGGAUUUAAAGUGAAUAAAAAGAGGGUUAUUUUUCUGAAUUUAACUACAAUUCAGAAUUUACCAUGGUUAUUCACUAAAGUGAGAAUUGUCAGGGAAUUUUGUAUUCAGAAAAAUUAUUUUGCUCGGCAAAUGAAGGGGAAAUUAUUAAAAAAAAAAUUUCUUUAAAGUAAAUUUUUUGGGGAGGCAAAAAAAAACAACAACUCUGCACAGCCUGCAAACGAUAAGCUAUACACGUCUGUUGUCAUUAUGCACGCUGACGACGGACUAAUUUCAUACACAGAAAUUUACAUUUGGUAAUCCGAAACAGAGUUCCAGGCUGUCAGUCACGUGUGCCAGGGCUUUAUCUAAACCCCAGCCUUGGAGUGCAGACUACUCUGUAUGUUUAGCGUUUCCAGCAGAAACACUGCACAUAUAGAUAUCUACCACCAUGACCACUUCUAAUCAUUUAUGUGUUUAAUGGUGGUUGAAGUAACCCUUUCAUAGCCUUUAAGACCCUACAGGAACUUCAUGUGUGAGAUUAAAUUUUAUUUUACUGAACAGGAGAUAACUUACUUUACAAGUUAAGAUCAGAAUGAAAAUGAAACCAUUUGUUUUAUGUAGGCCAGAGGUGUCCAAAGGGUGGAUUUCCAGAUGUUUUAAAACUACAGCUUCCAUGAUGCUCUGCCAUGCUAAUGGCAUGCAAAGAAUAAGCUACGUAUGUGGCAGCCCUAAUUUAGUCUGUAUCAGUCCCUGAAACAAAAGCGAGUUAAUUCCUAAAUAGCAGAGAAUUGAGCAGUGAGACUGCAAGGAACAUGUUUUAUAUACCAAAACUGCUUCAUUAAGCUGAAGUUGUUUUGAUUCCUAUAAUAUCCCUUUAACUAUCUUGUAGAACAGAAUGCAUUGGUUGCGUUUAUUAUACAGAUAUCCUAAUAAUCGAACCUUCAGCCAAUUAACACAAGUUUUAUUAAGUUGCUGACAAUAUCCCGUAGACCUACUUUAAUUUAGCAAUAUUUACUGAGGUCAUUGUGCAGCACUAUGAAAAUGAAUGGAAAAGAAUGCAAAACAUUCACAGCAGAGUGUUACCCACCCAUUUAACCCUUUGCGGUCCUAUGUCGGAAUAAAUCUGACAAAAUAUUUUACCUCUUGCGGUCCAAUGUUAUAUUCUUCCUGGAGUACUGCCAAUCCUCCGUGCCGCAAUGUACCUGAUUCCAGCGCCAAUGUCUCUUGGUGCUGGGUCAGGCCCUGCGUCCACUCCACACAUAUCGGACCUAAUGUGCAUGUACGGUGAGUGCCGCAAGCACAUUAGGUCUUCCCCUAUUGGAAAGAAUUGUAUCAAUGCUUUCCUAUGGGGUUUUGGGUAACGCUGGAUGUUUGUAUGCAAAGCGUGAGGACAUCUAACGUCAUUUAGUGGAAGCAAAGUCUGCUAAGGACCCAGAAGCACCUGUACUGGUAGACAGCCACUAAAGGUAGAGUUAUCCCUCCAAGGUAAUUAUUUCAGUUUCUCAAUAAGGGGACUGGAACACUGCACCCAGAAGAUGAAGUGUUGUGGGUGCCUAUAGUGUCCCUUUAAUUAGAGUUGUUUACUAAAAUCAAAGUGAAUUGCCAAAGAAAAAUUGAGGCCAAAAUAGCUGAGACUACACCUGUGCUUUUUGAAUUUUUCUUGCUCAGUUAUAUUUUCCAAAAUAUUGCCAUUUGGAUUCUGAUUUGCUACGUUUUGAAGAUCAGUAGAUAAACCCAAAUGUUGUUAUUUUGAAUCUGUCCCUUUUUUGGCAAUGUAAAACUUUGGCAUUUCAGUGUUUUGUGUAGAAAGUUUUUUUGUUAGUUCAGUUGAUUGAAAUGAAUACUGACGCUGUUUACAUCUUUUGUAAAUAACUUUUAUGUUUACAUUUUUAUAAACAAAUUGUACGUUAUUUCAGUCCUCAACAUAUAGCAAACCUAUGAUUUAAUUGUGGUAAUGGAAUUCUAAAGCAUGCUGAGUACAUUUCAGUACAUUUCCAAUGUCAACAUUUUGACUUGAAGUCAGUAAUAGUUAACCUUAUAGAUUUUUGAGUUACAGACACCAUGAUGUUUAUCACCAUCACUGGAGAGGUAGGUUAUACUUUAGUGUACGUACUACAGUUGUCAUAUUCAUUUUUUUUUUUUAAUUCUUUAUUUUUUUACUGUGCAUAUUAUUACUACAGAUAUGCCUGACAUGCCCCAAGAGCAGGUAUCAAGCAGUGGAUCAUACAAAGCAUUUAGACAGAUAUAGGACAUUUAAGUAAAUUUGCACACUUUUUUUUAUUUAUUUUUUUUAAAGGUGAAUAAUUAUAAGUCCACUCUUGUCUGAGGAAGCUGUCAUGUUAUCUUAUGAGCUUAGUUAGGUGGACUGUGCUAUGUCAUGCUUAAAUAACUACAAAAAUGUAAACAGUGGAUUAACUGCAGGUUAUACCCAUUUAGUUGCUCGUAACCAAGGAGAGAGACCCUUGAUAAGCCUAUGUUGGGUGUUGUUUAGGUCACUGCUGCUGUAUAGCGUGUUGUAUUGAGAACUAUAUACAUGUAGGUAACGUCGUUGUGGUUGGUACAUCUGUCGUGCUGUGGGUAUUUAUGUAUAGGCCUGGUCCUGGCUCUGUCAGUAGGAGGUGUACAGUGAUGUUAGGAUGUAGGUGCUGUUUGUCACGGGGUACAGAUCUAAAAUCUGUCUGAGAAGGCAUAAUGAGGGUUCUUGGACGCUUGUAGGGAGCGCGUCCCUCCGUCCUAGCUAGCUUUCGCUGUGGGCAUCAACCAGAGAGAUUACUCCUGGUGCCCAGGUCACCCUUGGGCAUGGAGGGGGAGGUGUAAGGGAUCAUAUGGGGAGGCAAGCAUGCCAGUCAUCUGAGUGGUUGGGUAUUUAGCGUGUCCCGGCAGGGGUAUGUGUAACUGUAAAGUUCCAAGGGUCUGGGGUAUUCUCAGUGGGAGAAGGUUCCGGCUGCGUUCAGGUGGUGGCCCGAAGCCUGGUCUGGGUACAAACUCCGCGGGUUCCAGUGGUGUUGGGUUUCGGGUGUCUUGGGUAAGUUAUCUCGGUUCUGAGGUUUGCCAGAGAGGCCCGUGUUGUUUAGGAUAGCUGCUGCUUCUUUGACGUCUUGGGCUGUGUGGGUCGCUUCUCCAUUGUGGAUGAUCAAAGAACGAGAGAGGUGUCACCGGUAGCGGAUAUUGUGUUGCCGUAGCACUAAUGUAAGUGGUCGGAAUUCUCUACUCCAGGCCAAUGGAAAAUGGAAUAACAUGAAAUUGCCUCCCAAUGUGACCUUAGUUAUAGACAGACUGAAACAUAGGUCUGCACUUGUGACCAGAGGUAAUACAGGAUAAACAGUGAAUCUAAGAUACUGACAUAGUGUCUUGGCACAGUCCCAUAUAUGUCCAGUGCUACUUGGGAGGUGACCUAAAUCUAUUCAUGGUGGGUGGUCAGGCUCUAUAUGAUGCACAUUUUUAUAUUCUACAGGCUAUAUCAGAGUGUCUAAGACUCUAUCCGAAAAAAGAAAAUAGGUAAGAUGAAAAAAAAAAAAAAAGAUAAAAACAAGAUGCUUAGCUCAAACAGCGUGUGUACUUCUAAGCUUGAUUAGGCAUAGAGAUGUGUAUAAAUGUGUUGCAACGUGUCUGUCAUGUAGGGGAGGACAAUGCAGGUUAUGCUGGGCCUAGAGCACAAAAUCUGGUCCUGUGUCAGUCCUGGAUGUGAGGCUUGGCUGCCCGGCUCCACCCCUUUUUGUGUAUUCUGUAUUGGUAAAAGUGAAAGUAAAGUCAGAGUUGUAGAAAUGAAAGUGAUACAUAGAUGGGUUUUAUGACAUAAAAUCAAGGCAUGUUUUGCUUGGGUGCGAUAUAAAUCAUUAGAUAGAUGGGUAUAUUGAUAAGAUAGACUUGAUUUUCAAGCAAGUGUGGUAAAAAAUCUCCCAUAACAUUGGAUUUAUCAAGUAAGCCUGCUUUUGUCUAAGAAAUGCAUUUGGUAACUAGCAUAUUUAUCCAUAAUGAAUAUAUAUGGUUUUUAUUACUGGAUAGCUACACACAGUGGAGUAGAAGAGGGGAGCAGUGGAUUGCAUCAGAGCAGGAACAUGGAGAAAUGGGAGACCGAGAUUUACCUCUAAUGCUACAGCUCCGACAUGCUGUCCUUGCUGAUUCCACUGUGAUCGGCACUGGACAGAUACCAAACGGUCACAGUUGGCAGGGGGCAUCCAGAAAGACUCUGUCAGGGUAUUUAUUUAGACCAUGGGGGUUCUCCCACAGACUCGGUUAAAGCUUCAAAUCAUUGUGACUGAGCGUGAUUGUUUGGCCGUGGGAUUUAAAUGCCAUUUAAAGGGCUGUUUGCAGUGCUCAUUUUGAGCGUUGUGUACCGCUUGUCUGUCAGUCUGGGGCCACUAAAUACCAAGUUUCCGGUUUAGUCCGAUCAUGUGAUCGGCGUAUCUGGACGUGUUGUGUGCGUCAUACGUAGUCACGUGAUCUUACCUGGAAAUGUAAGUGUUCUAUCUAGGUUUGGCGUUUUCUAUUUAUUUAAAACCACUGGGUCUUGUUUGAAUAGUUUUAUUCAAUUAAAUAAUUAGUCAAACUUCUAAUGAACUUCUUUGUUCUAUUCCCUUGCAGUCUCUUGACACCCCCAAUAAAUGAGACUACUAUUGGAGAGAUGAUUAUGUAUUGACACUGUUUUGAAUAUCACUGACUGACUAUGUAAUUAAUCAAUUGUAGUAAUUCACAUGUUUUUUCAUUUGUAUGUAUACCUAUAUAUUGUAUAGGAGUUAUGUGUUUCAGUAGAUUGAUAAAGGCCCUAAGUGGUCGAAACAUUGUUCUUUGGUGCUUGGGUCCAAUAAAAUUGCCUAUUUUCUUUGGAACAUCUUGGAGUGCCUGGAUUAUUUUUUCUACACUUGAUAUAAAUUGAUAUUUGGUCCCUUUGGUACUGGGGCUGAUCCAGUUUGCACUCAGGAGUUCAGGAUGUGGGUUUGAGUGCAUUUCCAUUAUCUAUACAUGGCUAUUUAAGUACACUGUUAAACACAUUUGUCUUUUUCAGGGCUCACUGGUGUUUGAAGAUGAAGUUGAGAGUGAGAGUGUGGAAGCAGACAUGUCGUCUGGAGUUAGACGAGGAGAAUCCGACUCUUGGAGACCUGAGAAGCAAGGUGUCUGCCUCGCUCCUCCCAUCUCUCAGUUACAGGUAAGUAUAUACAGUCAUUGGAAAAAGCAAGUACAGCCUCUUUAAAUUCUGUCUUUUUUAAACAUGAUAACAAUCAUCUGUUCCUUAGCAGGUCUUAAAAUUAGGUAAAUACAAUCUCAGAUGAACAACACCACCAUGUCAUGAAUUAUUUAACAAAAGUAAAGCCAAAAUGGAGAAGCCAUGUGUGAUAAACUAAGUACACCUUAUAAUUCAAUUGUAGAACCACCUUUAGCAGCAGUUAUUGUUUUCUGUAUUACUUUAUCAAUCUCUCACAUCGUUGUGAAGGGAUUUUGGCGAGUGGCGGGAUUACUGUGGUCCAUGGGGCCUGGCCGCCCUGUGUUGCAGCCCCGACCGUGUGGUAGAACCGCCGGGGCCGCACGUUAGGUGUCCAUCGGGGGUCCAUCAGGUAGCCCAUGCUCUUAGGGAUACCCGAUGGAAAUUAAUUUCCAGGGGACCCGGUCGCGCUGUUUAACAGUGCGACCGUGCCCCUGAGAUGAACUCACAGCUGGGAGGAAGUGGUCACUCCUCCCAACUUACACCGGGAGCCAUGCGGCAGGAAGAGGAGGGAGUCAGGAUUCCCACUCUGACUCCCAUCAGGCUGAGCCACCACUGGACCCCAGGGAAAAUCACCCUCCUGCACCUAAUAGGUAGGAAACAGGAGGGUGACUAAAACAUUUUGUAUAUGUGUGUGUGUGUUUGUAUGUAUGUCUGUGUGUGUGCCUAUGUGUGUCUCUGCAUGUGUAUCUGUUUGUCUGCAUGUGUGGGGCGGGCAAUGUAUGCGAGAGGGAGGGUAGACAUAUGGGGGGCCCCAGGGCAGUUUUCGCACUGGUGCCCCGUGGUUUCUAGUUACGCCUCUGAUUUUGGCCCACUUUUGACAAUGUGUGACGGGUUUGCGGUGAAUGGGCUCCUAUGGAAGCAGUAAUGGUGUACUUAGAUUUUACACAUUCUUCUCCAUUUUGGCUUUAUUUUUGUUAAAUAAGUCAUGACACGGUGUAAUAUUUCAUAUGUUGUUCAGGUUGUAUUUACCUAAUUUUAAGACCUGCUAAGGAACAGACAAUUGUUAUGUCCUUAUAUAUAAAACCAUGUAAUAUAAAGAGGGUGUACUUUCUUUUUCUCCCAGGACUGUCACAUACUUCUGAUAUUUAAGUAGCAUUGUGUCAUGAACCUGUCAUAAUUUCUAGAUGAAAACCGAUGUUAAAAAACUAAAUAUAACAAACUGCUGAUAGCGUAAAGAAGGGACUGUUUAUUCUUCAAGCCUCCUUCUGUGUUCAAUAACCUUUUUUCCUCUUUGUGUACAGUUUUACAUAUAUUACAGAGAUCCAUUUAAAAUUAGUACAGGAGCUAAAAAGCACCAUUUGCAUGUGUCUACCUAGAAUCAUGCUAAUUAAUAAACAUUGUAUACAGAAGAAAUCUGUUGGACUUAUGUCAGAAUUACAAGUAGACUUCCUUUCAGAACAAAUGCUACAAUUAAUACACAAUUUUUUACUUUCAUAGCUUUUAAAUUGCAAUUUUUAAAAUAUUUAGUUCAUGUAGACCACAUAAUAUGGCUCGUAUUGUACCUUUAAAGUGAAUUAAAGGAACACUCCAGUUUUCAAUACAACUUUAAUGUGUUACAUCAGGGGCUCCUAACCCAGUCCUCAAGUAACCCUUACCAGAUUUAGGGAUUACCCUGUUGUGUCUAACGUCUUUUUUUUUUUUCUUUUCUUUCUGAAAACACCUUUGACACAGCUAAGUAAUCCCUAAAUCCUGGACGGUUAGAGGGUACUUGAGGACUGGGUUGGGAACCAUUGCGUAAGAUGCUAGAUUUUGCCCUCAUUAAUAUGCUCUAUCUUUUUAUAAUCUAAAAAAAAAAAAAAAAGUGGUUUAUUACAGAAACUGUUAAAACAUCACUUUUACUCAGUGCCUUAUCAAAACCCCAACUUUAUGAUGUGUCACUAUGUCCUGAAUGGCAUGGACCUGAAAACUGUAAGGGUGUAAUGACACGUUCUAACGUCUGUGCCUCUGAAGCUUCAUCGAAUCAUUCUCACCUCUCCGGAUCUGAUUGGGGGACUGCCGGAUAAUCCCCCUGCAGCCAAGCCAGCUGAUCAGAGUCAUGUGGCACUCCUCCUUUUUCUCCUGAACAAAAUGAUAUAUAAUAAGUGUGGGGGCACUUCAUAUGAAAGAGUUAAAUUAUGGUUGAACAGACAUAUAUAGCUCAAGGUCUAGGUUUUGGUCAGUGUCCCCCCCUCCUUACCCCCCAGUCUCUACACGUGCCCUGUGAGUGGGGGGUAUUAAAAUGAACUGGGGACCUAGUGUCCCCUGUAGCCUCCACACAGUGGCAGCUGGGGGCCCUAAGUUACAAGGGGGGGGCCUAUUGUUCCAUCCCGGCCCCCACCCAUUCGUGGAGAAGGGGGGACCUAUUGUCUCCCACCUCCUAGGUGAGAGUCCUAAGUGACAAAAGGGCGGGAGACCUAUUGUCUUCCCCCCAGACUCCACCCAUUGGCAACAGGCGUGGCUUGUUGUUAAAAUAACCCCCCUUGAAAUGCCUAGGGGUCCCCAAACACCUAAUCCCCUCCCCCCCCCCAGUGACUUGGUGUUCCCAAGUCCCUUGUCACCCCUUAAUCCAAUCCUACCUAUCCACUUACCCAAUAAACUAAAUACCUGGAAAUUAUACUUACCAUAAUAUUUCUCAGAUGUUCAGCCCCCCCAAAAAACUAAUAAAAAUCCAUAAAGCCCACAAAAUGUAAUUUUUUUUUAUUUUUUAUUUUUUAAAUCCUAACGCUAAAAAAGAAUCAAUUUUCACACAGCGAGGGCUCCGCGCAGACUGAGCUCUGCAGGGCGGGAAAAGCUUAUAAAGCUUUCUAAUGCCCUGCAAUUUGACUCAUAGCAAUCUUAUUGGUUGGCUUAAGCAAAUGGAAGACCACCCUUGUGUAGGAUGUGGCCCAGAUCUGCCACAGAGUAUUGUUAUAAUUACUAUAUAAUUUGUAAAAUAAUGUCUGGAUUCCCCGCCUCUGAUGAUGAAGGAUGACUCUUGUUGGAAAUGCUACUCUGUAUGUUUAGAAGACUCCAACUGUAAAGUGUGUCUUCUUAAAACAACAGUCAAAAGAGGGGACUCCGCUCAUUUUGACAAAGAAAUUAGUUACAACGUGAACUGGCUGAAUCCUUCACCAAUAAACUACACAAAUACUCUGUGGCCUCUAGAUGCAUUAUAAAAGACCGAUUAUGAUUAUUAACCCCUUAAGGACACAUGACAUGUGUGACAUAUCAUGAUUCCCUUUUAUUCCAGAAGUUUGGUCCUUAGGGGUUUAAAGGAGCACUAUAGUGCCAGGAAAACAAUCUUGUUUUCCUAGCACUAUAGGAACAUUAGGUCCUCUCGCUGGGCUCAAUGGGUUAAAACCCCUUCAGCCAUUUACCUUUCUACAGUGCCGGGGUCCCUCUGUGCUGGGGAACUCUCCACCUCCUGCCGACGUCAGAUCCGAAUGUGAAUGCGCUGCAAGACCUGUGUGCGUGUUAAAACAGCCCAUAUUACUUAAUGCUUUCCUAUGGACGUCCAGCGUCUUCUCACUGUGACUUUCACAGUGAGAAUCGCGGAAGCGCCUCUAGCGGCUGUCAGUGAGACAGCCAUUAGAGGCUGUAUUAACCCUCAGUCAAAUGUGUCUUAUGUUUUAAGCUGCAGGGUUAAAACUAGAGGGACCUGGCACCCAGACCACUUCAUUGAACUGAAGUGGUCUGGGUGCCUAUAGUGGUCCUUUAACCCCUUAAGGACACAUGACAUGUGUGACAUGUCAUGAUUCCCUUUUAUUCCAGAAGUUUGGUCCUUAAGGGGUUAAAGCAACCACUAGUCUUGGGGAAAGGAGCCCCAAAAAGGUAAAACGUGUCUCCAUGAAACAAUCCUAUACAAAUAGUAAUGCCACCUCCUUAUAACAACAUAAACAAAUGAGUGACCGGACCAAUGGCCCAAAGGGAAGGUAUGUUAAAAAAAAAAAAAAGUGAGGCCCUUGUGUACAACUAAGCCUGGUAUUGUCUGGAUUAAAUGCAUAGGUGCAGAUUUAAAUUAAACACAGUUUACUAAAGAUAUGUAAAAGAGAUUUAUACAAUUGUUUGUUAAUGCACAUUUUUAACCUUGAGAUUCACUCCCAUUCUGUGUUAAAUACAGCUAUUCUUCUUGGGAUGUAUGUUGCUGUUUUUCUCUAUGCACUUGUAAUAUACAAUGAAUCUGCUUUUUAAUCCACAACCUAAUUUUGUAGACAGUCCGAGAGACUGCAGAUAGGUAGUGAUACCUUUUACUCUAUGUUUAUAUUGCAGCACUAAGACAGCCACUAGUGGGUGUCUACCAGCUAGCCUCUAGAGGCGCUUCCGGGAGUUUAACGGAGUCUGGGUCCCUUAAACCAUGUGCAGUGGUAAUCCUCAACCCAGUCCUCAUGGAGCACCAAAAGUCCAGCUUUUGUCAGUAUCUCCAUUGGAAUAAAACAGGGAAAUACAUAAAUCCUGGACUGUUGGUGGUCCACGAGGACUGGGUUGGGGAACACUGCCUUAAGCUAUGCUGUACAUCCUCAUGUUCUGCAUGAGGACACACAACAUUAGUGAAAUCCCCAUAGGAAAGCAUUGAUCCAAUGCUUCCCUAUGGGGAAGGUCUAAUGCACUCGCAGGACCCGCCACACAUGCGCAUUAGGACCUCCUAGCGGAAGAUGUCGGAGGAGGCAGAGAGCUGACCCAGUGCUUAGGGCAAUUGGCGCUGGUAUCGGGUUAGUAAAGGUGUUUUAAUCCUAUAUUUGCCAGGGGUGCAAGUAGUGGGGAUGGCACAUAGCACUAUAGUGUUAGGAAUACAGCUCUGUAUUCCUAAAACUAUAGAUUAUCUUUAUCACCUUCCCGACGCUAGACAAAAAAUUUCUGUCAUGCUUGUCCUACCGUUAAGGACACAUGAUGGAAAAUUUCCUUCAUUUACUAAAGUUAACCCCAGAUCACCAAGAUCGCAGGGUUAACACUCUUCUGGUCUGCCUCUGCAUUCGUGCUGCAGGGACUCCUGAUCUACCUCCCUGCCCUUCCGCGGUCAUUGUGAAGUGCAGGGAGAUGGAUCAGUGCUGAUCUUCUUCCUGUGUAAAAAUAAUAAAGUUAAAUCCCACUCCCCCUUUCCCCUGCUUUAAUAAAAUUAACUCCUUCACUACCAUUUGAUCACUGACUACAGUGAUCAAAAUACAGAUCACAGUAUUUUACAAUAACAUUUUAAAAUGAUAUAUUUAUCUAACUGGGGGAGGGGGGGCAGGGAGAGGGGAGUAGAAGUUAGUGCGAAAUUGGGCAAUUUGGUGUUGGGUUAACUUAAAAAAAAAUAAAUAAAUAAGUUUAACGUUUAAAAAGUAAACCCCCCUCCUGUACCCAGUCCUAAUAAAAAUUAACCCUUUCCCUGCCAGUUGAUCACUACCUACAUCACUGUGAUCUUAUUUUUUUUUUAAACCCCUGGUAACUUUUAUUUAUUUUUUAACCCUCAGGGGAUCAAUUUAAUUAAUUUAAAUAUUUUAAAAUUAUAUAUUUUGCUAGUUAUGGUGGGUGGGAGUUAUGGGAAAUUGGGGUAUUUACUGUUAGUGCUGCUUACCGCUAGUUAUUAUUAUUAUUAUUAUUAUUAUUACUGGUAUUUAUAUAGCGCCAGCAUAUUCCGUAGCGCCUUACAAAAACGGUAAAAAAAUAUAUUUCAAGAAGUGGAGAGACAUUUAGGUGAUCAGCCCCUUCCCACAUGCAACCAAAAUUAGGAAUAAAUAUACUUAUACUCCUCAAUGGGUAGCAGUCACACGUUCAAAAUCAUAUGUUGCAUAUAAAAAAGAAUUAAAAAUGAUAGUGCAGAUCUGUAUAUAUGGUGUUUAAAUUGCACAUUUAUACACAGUGCUAAUUAACACAUGCAUUUUUUGUAUAAUAAAUUUAAUAAUAUAUAUUUUUUUAUUCUUACUGUGUGGUGAAGGGAACACACUGAAGUGUUGCAGCUGGAACAUAUAUUAAUUUUGUAAAUAGUAUAUUAUUAAUCUGUAAUUAAAUAUAGGCUAUAUCUGCUUUGCCCCUACACAUUUUGUGCAAAACAACUUAGCGCUCCGAGAUUAUUCAAUUUUAUGCAUCUAAAAACGGUAAAAAAGUUUAUAAACAUCUUAAAAGUGUAAAAAAAAGUUUUAAGAAUGUUAAGAAAAAGUUUAAAAACAAGUUGUAAAAAGUUUAAUAGAGUAAAAAAUACAUUAUAAAAUGCUCAUUACCACUACACCUGGAACAAAUUAGCGAAAAAAUAAUCCCACGCUAAGGUUCAAAAUAUGCCUUUUGAAAUACCUCAAGGUGUCUUCUUUAACCCCUUAAGGACGGAGCCAAAUGUACACGUUGUGAACAAAACAAUGUAAACAAAACCUGGCAUUUGCGCUACAUGUCUGUCCAACCGUAAUUCACCUCUUUCAUAAUAAAUGCACCCACCCUUACUAUAUAUCAUUUUAUUCAGGGGAAACAGGGCUUUCAUUUAAUAUCAAAUAUUUAGCUGUGAAACAUAAUUUAAUAUGAAAAAAAUGGGAGAAAAUAAGAUUUAUUUUUAUUUUUUUAGUUCUACAUGACAUUUUAACUGUCAAUGUCAUAAUACUGUUUGCUUUUACUGCAAUAAAAUACACAUAUUUGUAUUCAGCAAAGUCUCACAUGUAAAACAGUACCCCCUAUGUACAGGUUUUAUGGCGUUUGGGAAGUUACAGGGUCAAAUAUAGCACGUUACAUUUGAAAUUGAAAUUCGCCAGAUAGGUUAUGUUGCCUUUAGCGUUAGUAUUUGUUUGUGUGUAAAAAAUGCAAAAAAAACACCAAUUUUGGCCAGUGUUUGUGACUAAGUGGCUACUAAAAAAGACUGGACAUACCCCAUUUGCAAUAGCUUGGGUUGUCUACUAUUGCAAAUGGUAUGCCAUUAUGGGUGUAAAUUUUCAUCCUGGGUUGCCGCCUCUUUGACUCCCAGCUACAGAAAGCCUGACAAACCGCCAUUGUCCCCAAAGAGUGUCCCCACCAAUCUCACGGACCCCCAAAACGGUAACCGCUACGAACAGCCUACUCUCGCGGGGUCCUUGGGUGAAACCAGGCAAGGGAAGCAUCUCCAUUCGGGACACGAAUGCUCCCUCUGGCUGCCGCUCAUCUAUAUAAACAGCGGCAACCCAGGGAAGCACUCUAAUUACUUCCCUUGGAGUAUUCACACCAAUCAAUUAGAACGUUGGCAACUUGCAACAUAAGUGUAAAACCACAAGGGGCACUGGGGAGGUCCUCGUUCGGCAACCGAACGAGGUGGGAAGAAAUCCAUGAAUGCUCCCCCUGGAUGGCGUUCGUCUAACGAACAGGCUACAACCCAGGAGAGGCGCAUGCCGAGACUUCCUUUAGGGGAAACACAGAAUAUAAUACAGCAAAUCACGAACAGGCAGCAGUCCCGCCACACAGCUCUCCAUUAACCUCAAGCCGGCAUACACAGUCUGAUCCCAACAGAUCGGCUUGUGGAUGUCCGGGGGAGUGCUCACGGAUCACUUCUCCAUGGCUGUCUGUCUUGAUAAUCCGUCGGCAUUGCCGUUUUGCUUACCGGGUCUAUAGUGGAUGGUAAAGUCAUAUGGUUGUAACGCCAAGCUCCAUUGCAACAGCCUGGUAUUGUCCCUAGACACCCGGUUAAGCCAUACCAGCGGGUUGUGAUCUGUGAGCAGGGUGAAUUGGUGUCCAUAGCAGUAGGGCUGUAGUUUGUUGAGUGCCCACACCAUCGCCAGGCACUCCUUCUCGAUGGCAGCGUAGCUUACCUCCCUGGGUAGUAACUUCCUGCUGAGGUAAGCCACGGGGUGUUCGCCGCCAUUGUCGUCGACCUGGCUGAGUACCGCUCCUAACCCAAACAUGGAGGCAUCUGUGUGAAUGAGAAAACUUUUUCUGGGAUUAGGAGUAGCCAGGACAGGGACAUUCACCAAGGUAUUCUUGAGGGCUUGGAACGCCUGCUCAUACUCUGGGGCCCAGUCUACCUUUCGGGUCAAGUCGGUGAGGGGCUUAGCUAGGGCGCUGUAGUUGGGGAAAAACUUCCUGUAAUAACCGGCAGUACCUAGGAAUAAACCUUAGUGCGGGGACGGGGCCAGUUAGCUACUGCCUCUAUCUUGGCUGGCUUGGGCUUCUGGGACCCACACCCUACCCGGUGUCCCAGGUACUUCACCUCUGCCAUCCCUGGGUGGCACUUGCUGGGUUUUAGGGUAAACCCUGCCUCCCUAAUCCUGUCUAGUACAGCUCCCAUGUGUACUUGGUGCUCUUCUAAGUGUCUCUGUAUAUGGCGAUACUCCUGGAGGCCAUCCAGCAGCAGGUCCACCAUCCUCUGGAAAGUGGCUGGGGCAUUCUUCAACCCAAAUGGCAUCACCCUAAAUUGGUACAAGCCAAAUGGGGUGACGAAUGCCUACAUGGGGACAACAUCGGCUGCCAGGGGAAUCUGCCAGUUCCCCUUGCACAAGUCUAUAGUGGUGAGGUACCGGCCCCGAGCGAUCCUAUCCAGCAGCCGUCUAUAUGGUGCAUGGGGUACGAAUCUGAAACUGUCUUGUCGUUGAGCCUUCUGUAGUCCACACAGAACCUAGUAGUCCUAUCUCGUUUCGGGACCAGCACUACUGGGGAGGCCCAAGGACUCUGGGACGGUUCGAUGACCCCUAGCUGAAGCAUCUCUUGGAUCUCCUGCAGCAUGUUCCUAUGCACAGCCUGUGGUACCCUGUAGGGGUUUUGCCACAGGGGCUGUUGGUUGGGAGUCUCUACCCGGUGGGUGACUAGUGGGUAUACUUGGGCAGGUUAAAGAACGUCUCUGUAACGGAACCGCUGGCACCACGACCGGGUACCUUCUGCUGACGGAUGCUCCUAGUGCUUUCUGAGGUCUCCAAGCACUCCACCGGACACCAUAACCACUGCAGACCCCACUACUUGGUUGGGGUUUCGCCGUCUCCACCCACUCUGGACCCAAGACCAGGGUCCAGCUUCCAGUAGGUCGACCUCUCCGAAUUCCAGAGAGCAGGAACAGGAACAAGCUCUUAGCAGAGCUUAGUGAUUAUAUCCUGGGGAGUAUAGGGAUUAUAGCAAUCCCCAGAGUGUAGUUCUCCAAUCCCCCAAACAUGAGCCGAAACUUCAUGAAGGUACAAGAUGAUCUGACUCCAAUGAGCGUUUAUUUCUCCUUAUAUACAAGUUUUCAGGCCAGAGGCACACCCCCUGGACCUGGUGGUAAACUGUGACAAAAGGGACACAAACCAAUGGGAACUAAUUAACAUAAUAACACUCCCACAUACACAAUGAAAUCCCUCCUCUCCAUCCUGGAGAUAAUUGGCUUAAGGCACUGCAGUAAACUCCAUUAUCUCCAGGUACAGAAAAUAUCUACAUUUUACACUAACAGCAAAAAUACGUAAAAGUAAAAAAAAAUACAUAAUUCUUAUUAUAUUACACAGAACCUCCACAUUUAACCUAUCCCCAGAUAGCUCGGAUCUGAGCGCCCAAUAUAGGUGAACAGCGCUCAGAUCCCAAUAACAGAGUAAAUUUGCCAUGGGGUAUAGCAUAGCAAGGGCUGUUGAGAGACCAAGGAGGGACAAAAGCAGUCAGUUCCAACUGGUUUGGCAGUGUGCCUGGGACAACACCCUGCUGGAGAACAAUAGACAGGAAAUGGAGGGAGGGGAAGAGACACACCUUCCCAUGGAUUCAAAAGGGCAGAAACAGUCUUUAGAAGCCAAUAAGCCCCAAAUAGUCUUUUUAAAUGGCAAUACACCCCAGGGCCAUAGUCAUGAGGAAGGAGGCUGGCAAUCAGGCUCCUCCAACAGCUGGGGGCAAAGGGCAGCUUGUCACCUAACAAUCUAGUGACAAAACAGACCACAUUUUCUGUGCCUGCCAGCCCUCCCCUUUGGUUAGCCGGUCCCCUAAGUGGACCUCGUCUAUGCACCCUGCCUGAGCCCCCUCCUCCAGGACAUCGGGCAGGGGAAGAUUAUCAAAAUACAUAUGGCGACUAGAUCCUCAGUCUGCUAGGGCUUCAGCAUGUUGACAUGCAACAGGCAUCGGACUCCUGUACCUGAACACGGGUUGAUCACAUAGGUAGUGUCACAUUUCUGUUCCACCACCCAGUAUGGGCCCUGCCAGGCAGCCUGUAGCCUAUCAUGUCGGACCAGUUUCAGAAUCAAAACCUUCUGUCCGACUUGAAAGUUAUGGCUCCUGGCACCCUGAUCAUACCAUGUGCACUGGCUCCUCUGGGCCGCCGGGAGGUUCUCCCGCACCAAAUGGUUGAGCUCCUAAACUCCAGAAAAUAUGGGACGAUAUGGGUCCCUUCCUGAUCCCCAGCCUCCUCCCAGUGCUCUUGGACAAGGUAUAGGGGGCCCCUCACUCUCUGCCCAAAGAUCAGCUCGAAUGGGAAGAAUCCUGUAGAUUCCUGGGGCACCUCCAAAAAUGCAAACAGGAGAUGUGGCAGGAAUCUUUCCCAAUCCUGCAAAGGUGCGGAGCAUUUGCUUCAAUGUGCCAUUGAAACACUCGCACAGGCCAUUGGUCUAGGGGUGGCAAGGGGAGAUCGGGAUCGGUUUAAUGCUGGAUAACCUCCACAGUUGGAUGGUGAUUUCGACAGUAAACUGGGAGCCUCGAUUUAAAAUCAUCUCCCAGGGAAAACAAUUUCGGCAGAACACUUGCAUCAGGGCUUCAGCUACAGUUUUAACCUGAAUAUUGCUCAGGGUACCGAGUUGCGUAGUUCACAAUGGUCAGAAUAUAUUUCUUCCAAAAGGGGCUAGGCUUAGCCAGGGGGCCAUUGAUAUCGACAGCUACUCUGCCGAAGGGAUUUUCGAUGAUGGAGAGGUGCUGGAGCUUGGCCUUGCGCCGGUCGCCCUGUUUCCCCACUCGCUGGCAGACUUCACAGGUCUGGCAAUACUGCCUCAGAUCCUUAGAGAUGCCGGGCCAGAAUAAGCUUUGGGUGAGCCGACUCUCUGUCAGGCUCCAUCCCAAAUGCCCUGCCAGGGGAAUAUCAUGCGCUAUCUUCAGCAGCUCAUGUCGAUAUUUCCUGGGUGCCACCAACUGCUUGGUGGUAGUAGGAGCUGUACCCAACUUCUUGUUCUCCGCUAUGCGGUACAGUAGCCCCCUCUCCCAGAGGUACCGCUCCCCCUCCUUCCCUACCAGACCUGUGUCUGCCGUGUCUCUACGUACCUGGAGGGUCAGGUCGGACACUAUCUCCCCCCUGAACUCGGUUGGGGUAUCCCAGGAAAGGGUUGCUGGGGUGUGCUGGGCAGUACUGGGCACUGGGGUAGGAUGUUUGGCCCAUCCUACCCCAGUCCCCAGUACUGCCCCGCAAACAGUGGUGGCUACAGGAAACGGGUGUAGGGGGACUGACUUACGGGGGUGCCUUCGAGGGCCGGGGCUUAGGGACGGGUGUGAGUGCCUACCUGAGCCUCAGAGUGUGAGCCUUGCCAGGGGUUGCGGGCCUGCUGCCGGGUCAUCACAUGGUAAGCUUCUUCGCGGGCCUGGAUGGAGACAUAGGUGGAGGUGAGGUGUCCCAGGUCGUUGCCGAGCAGCACUUCUGCAGGUAGUUGAUCCUUGAGGCUGACUUUGACUCUCUGGGCUCCAGUGCCCCAGUCAAGGUGAACAUGGGCAGUGGGUAGAUAUUGGACGUCUCCUCCUGCCACUCGGAUGGCAAUGAUACCCCCUCUAAAUGAGUUGUCAGGGUGGUCCAUGUUCGGGAGGUGAAUGCAUUCCCUUUAAGGAAAACCUCCCGAAUGGGGAACAGACACAUUUAUACGAAAAUAACUGUGAAACACACAGAAUAUAAUACAGCAAUUCACGAACAGGCAGCGGUCCCGCCACAGUGUAUAUGACAAAAUAGAGAAAAAACACAAUUUUACUCCAAUAUUUAGCAGAGAUUGGCGAUUAAAUGGCUACGUAAAAAGUGUCAAAAUAAUCUUAGGUAAAUAACCUGUGAUAUUUACUUUAUAUAAAUAUAUACUUUUGUGUGGCAAUUUUGUUUUCUGUGAUGGCUACUAAACCUACAAGACAAACAUACCAAUUUCUAAAAUUGUUUCACAUUGAAAUUUUAUUUUAGUCCUUGUAUUUUGUGACCUAUAACUUUCAAAAUAAGCUGAAAUCCUAUACAUAUAAUGUAUUCUAUAAAUCAAGGCAUAUAAAUUAAUUUAUUUUGCAUUACUUUUCCUAAGCUGGACAUAUUAUGCACACGCUAUUAUUGCCAAAACUGUGAAAAAAAAUCUUAUUUUCCCAAUUUUUUGGCAUUUUUUUAUAUAGUUAAUGAGACUUUUUCUAUGUACAUGUGACAUCGAAAAAAAUACAGUAUAUAGUAUGUGUUGGUGCAAUAAAUGAUAGAGAUGCAAAUUGCAUUUGAACACAAACUGCAAAAAUGGCUUGUGUCCUUAAGGGUAAGACAAGCUUUUGAAGCUGCGUCCUUACAGGGUUAAGAUCACUCAGUCCUGUCAGUGCCUGAGCCGUUUACAAACAUACGUAAGGAAGUCUUUGGGAGGGUCGCGGCAUUGUCAUCUGGAGUGUCCCUUUAACAUGCAUCCAAUUGUAUUGGUGUUAAAGGGACACCGUAGGCACUGUAUCUGCUUCAUCUCAUUAAACAGGUUAUAGUGUAUGGAGUCCCCUGGUGCCAUCAUUUUUUUCAGCAUUAAACAGUUUUUAAUGUUGUAAUGUUUUAAUGCUAAACAAGAGACCACGGCAGUCCAUACCCUCUGUGCUGCUUUGGCUAAUAAGGAAGUAUUACCCUGAGCAGAAAUGGGCAGCUGUGAUUGGCUGAGAGUGUCAGCUGACUGCUUUUAAUCUGUCAGAGCUCCAACUGACGGUAUGAAUGGGUAUGACAACAAGGAAGUGUGUAAUCUCUGCCUUAGCUACACAUACAGAAGGGGCCAGACUGUGGGUGGCCAGGGACUCUUAUUUUGUGGCAUACUGCACAAACAUGGUGCAACACUGAAUGGAGGGACAGUGCCAGGGCACUCCAGGCACUAUAACCAAUUCAAAGAGACAAAGUGGUUAUAGUGACUACAGUGUCCCUUUAAAUCAUAAUCAGAAAGGAUCAUUAGUCGGUUUGUAUGAUUUUCUCUACUUGACUUGUGUAUCUAGUCAAAGUAGUGUAUAUUAAUACAAUAUGCAGAAUUAUAGUGUUUUGCAUAUAUUUUGUUCCACAGUAACUUGAUUAGUUUACUAAUGGUUUUUUUUUCUAUUGCAACACCUCUGUAAAUUGCAUUUGUUUCAUUAGAGCAGUGAUGCCCUAUUGCCACUUAAGCUUACGACCUCCCUGAUUAGGUUGUUUCAUUUGUUGUAAAAUUUACAACUUUUAUAAUAUUGUAAAGCGCUGUGAUAAGUUGGUACUAUAUAAUGCCAAUAAUAAUAAUAAAUAUGUUUGCAAAUUAUAUUUCCUAUGGUGCUGCGCAAACCUACAUACUUGGGAGUUCUUCCUAUAAACACAGUUUGCUAAGCUGAACGAGUUGUUUGUUAAAGCUUUAACUUUUAUUAAUUAAUUUGUAUAUGGUUAUUUUACUGCCAUCUUCUGCUCUCUUACAGCAAUGAAGUUAUGUUUACUAUAACGCUAAAUGGUAGUGAUGCCCUCACAGACGAUCAGAAUACUCUGAAAUCCUAUGGUAUCAUCUCUGGUGACCUGAUCAUUGUGCUGUUGCCAGAUUCUCUACGCCCGGUCGACGCCUCAUUACAUCUUCAGGAUCAGCCAGGUUCUGUCAUCUUCCCUGAGAGUUGUGCCUCCUCCAGCAACACCACCUACAAGAGGCAGAAGUCCCAAGAUGAUAACAUGACCACAGGGGUCCAUGGUACAUUUAAAGUAUGUUCUUGUGAGACAGCCUUGCUUCAGAGCCUUUACAAAUUCACUUAGACUAGUUAGUUACAAAUUGCAAUAAACCACUGUGCAAUUUAAUCUCAAACUUAAAUAAUGACGUGGGAAACCUCCACUUCAAAUAGUUUUUCCCCCCUGAAUUGCACAGGGAGAAACAGAGAGGUUUAUGACAUGCCAGGUUUUUAAAGAGCCAAUAGUUAUUUGGAACCAAUCGUUUUUUUUAACUACAAUUUUAUCUUAUAUACUACUUAUUAGUGUGUUCAGCACAUACUUAUAAUGAAAACUUUAUUAUGAGAGAGUUUCUCCCCAAUCCUACAUUAUGACCACCAUAUCUUUACGCUAUAGGCUAUGGCAAGGUCUCCAGGUUCAGAACAGGAAGAUUUUCCCGGUGAGCAGUUUGUGAUGGAAGAAGGGACCAGCUCUCCUUGGGAACCAAUGCUAUGUAGUGAGGCUGUAGAUGGGAAGAUACCACACUCCCUGGAGAAACUCUACCAUAUGGCAGAAUGCACUAACGCUAACGAUGCCCUGAUUGUUGUCUUACAUCUGUUAAUGCUGGAGACUGGGUACAUCCAACAGGUAAGAUGAGACAAUCGACAGGGACAUAUUACAAAGAGGAUUAUUGUUGAGAUUUUAAUUUUUUCAUCUAGAACUUUUUGUGUGGGGCAUGCAAUCCACCAGUGACAAGAUGUUUGGUGGCAAAGAUUUUACAUUACUAUUACUUUAUAGCUUUAUAAUAUUACUGUAUUAUGUACUAUUACUUUUAUAUUACUUAUUACUUUCAGUUCAGUAGUUUGGGAUUCAUUCAUGUUCUGUGUAGAGGAAGAUGAUACAGAUUGUAAGCUUGUUUUAGCAGGGCUUUCUUCACUUAUUGUCUCUGUUAUAAAUCAUAUGUUACUUGAUUGUUUUUAUUAUUGUAAAGCAUUGCAGAAUAUGUUGGUGCUAUAUAUAGUCAUCACAGCUAUUAUCUGCCAUUAUCCUUUCUUUUUCUCACAAUAAAAAAAAACAAACACACCUCAAAGUUGUGCUAGAAAAAUGUAAUUGGUAUUGUGACUGACAGACUGUGCUGUAAUGAAAAUAUCCCUUAUCUUAGAUUGCCCCCAUAUACAUUGAAUAUAUCACAAAGAUGUAUUUUAUAUAAAAUAUGGAGUUAUACUCAUCUCACUUGCAUUUCAUCUUCAGAGAUUUGUGGGUGUUACCCACCUCCAGUCCAUUUUUUUGCUCCUCCUUCAGUCUUCUGACAUUUACCCUGCUUGCGGAGGCAUCCCCAAGCAGAACAAACCUGUGUGAUGCUGACAUGCAAGCUUUGUUGCCAACAUGCUGGUGUCAGAACAGAUUGAUGACUAGCAUUGCAUUCGUAAACUCCUUAGCCAGCACUGUCGGCUAGGGAAUUUCCAUAGCACAUGCGCUGAGGUUGCUGUGCAUGGAAGGGCAGUAGAACCGCCUGUAAGUCUAUGCCAAAGAUUUGACUGAGAAGCUAUUUUUAAAUAAUUUUUCUCCCAAUCUAUACAUUUCCUAGCAAAUUUCUAACACAAUGUAUAGAUGAAAUGUUAUGCUCUUUCAAAUGAGUAUAAGUAAAAAUUUGUCCCAAACAUUUUCUAAUUUCAAACAAGCUAAUGUGAAGGAAUUUGAGGCAGGGAGUAGACAAGAGGCACAGGUCUGGUCAUACACCUGAGAUAGUGUAUUCUAAUGACCUUAUCCAAGGAGGCAGGCCUGGGCUGGAGCCAAAAUUCCCCCCUGGCCAAUGAGCAUUAAAGCAUCUUUUGAAUGAGUGCAUCUCUAUGGUAAGUUCAGUGUCUUCAUGCAGAACGUGAAGACGCUGAACAUCACAGACCCAGAUAGCACCUCUAGUGGCCGUCUGAGGAGUGGCCACUUGAGGUGUUACUAUGCUGCACUACAAACACUGCACGUGAUGGACUACUCACCAAGGGACCCGAGUGUCACCGCCAAGGCUCUCCUUUCCUUCCAAAUUAUCUUUUCCAGCACCUAGAGGAGUGAUUAUAACUUGUAUAGCGCUCUCACCCAAACACUAGUCAAGACUUAGUGAAGGGUGAAGAAUUGUUUUUAUUGUCAACUUGUUACACUUGUAUACCUGGGGCCUUAACAGAGGAAAGUCCCCAGGAGAACAAUGGGGUUGCGGUGCCUUGGUGUCUGUACCUAGAUGGUUCAUUUAUUAGCGGCCUGACACUUCGGUGUUGUGUAACUAAACAACAAUUAUACAGGGUUCCUAUGCCCACAUCCCCAAACAACUGGUAUCCCCGGAAAGCUCUCUUCUGAGUGUCUGUUCAAAAAGUGCUCAGCUUGGACAUGGCUAACCCGAGUUAGCUGGAUGUCAAGUUUUUAGUGGGUCGCGGCUCCUCUACAAUCUGACGCAGAGUUCCAUGCCAUUAGGUGCAAUUUCCCGGUCAAUUUCCAGAAAACCACAGCACUUUCAUGGAUACAUGGCGCUCCCUCAAGUCCAGGGUGUCAUUGGAUGCCUCACCACCUACUCUGCCUCCCCUCCAAUAAGCAUUUCUCUAGCUAGAGAAAAAAGUUACCUGCACUCUUCCCAAAUCCCUAUGCAUAUUUAAACAAAUGGGAAUGCUUAUUAACCCCUAAUAAGGAACACAUGGGAUGGGCGGCAGCAUUGUAUCAUAGUUGUGUAUACAAAAGUGAAUACAAAUACAAAAAAACAAGUCCUGCGUUCAAACUCCCAUCACUCCUGGGCGGCAGCAACAACCAUAGUACACAUCAGCCCCAAUACAUACAGUAAAAACCAAAGAAAAAUGUUACCUGCGCUCUUCCCAAAUCCCUAUGCAUGUUUAAACAACUGGAGAUUAUUUAGUUUCUCCAAUGGCCAUGAGAGACUUUAGCCCACCUGCCAAGUCAAGGCAAACCUCUCAGGUGGGUUCUACACUAAUAUUUCACCUUGCUUCCUUAAACGUCUUGCAAAUAUAUCUCUGAGUCAGAAAGGGGUAUUUUUUUUAUAUACACCCCUACAUGCUUAUUAACCCCUAAUGAGGAAUACACGGGAUGGGUGGCAGCAUUGUAAUAUGCUGUGUCUCUAGCUAGUCCUGAGACCGAAAAAGCGCUCACAAAGAAGUUUCAGCAGACCACAGCUGGUGCUCGAUCUGAACCAGAGUUCCAUGGCAUUCACUGGUUUCUCCCAGUUAGGUGUGCUGUGCCUCUGAGACCAUGUUAAAGUGGGGAACUUCAUGGUGUGAGCGUAUGCUUGGAUCUGUGUGUGUUUGUGUUUGUGUCAGCCUUUUUCAGUCAGUGUGUGUAUGCUUGGAUCAGUGUGUUUGUGUGUGCUUGGGUAAAUGUGUGUCUGCUUGGAUCCAUGUGUGUGUGUCUAGAUCAAAGUGUGUGUGUGUGUGUCUAGAUCAAAGUGUGUCUGUGUGUCUGCUUGGGUCAGUGUGUGUAAGUGUGCUUGGGUAAAGUGUAUGUGCAUGCUUGGGUAAAGUGUAUGUGCGUGAUUGGGUAAGGUGUGUGUGUGUGUCUGCUUGGGUCUGGGUGUGUGUGUGUUUCUGCAUGGGUCAGUUUGUGUUUGUGUAUCAGUCUGCAUCAGUCAAUAUGUGUGUGUGUGUGUGUGUGUGUGUGUGUAUGUGUGUGAAUGAAUGCUUGGGUCAGUGUAUGUGUGUGUGUGUGUAUGUCAGUCUACACGAGUUAGUUUAUGUCUGCUUGAGUCAGUGUGUGCGUUCCACCCUGGGUGGGUCAGUGAAUUUGUUUGUGCAUUGGUCACUGACUGUAAUUGUGUGGACCAUUGUGUGUGAAUGCGUGUUUGUGUUUGUGUGUGUGUGUGUAUGUAUACAUCUAUCAGUGAUUGCAUUUGGGCAAAAAGGAUAAUUAAAUUUUUUUUUAAAUCAAUACAUUUAAAGGAACACUCUAGUAUUAGGAAUCUUAACCUGUAUUCCGAAUACUAUAGUGUCUCUGUCCCUACAUAAAUUCAAGUCUCAUCCCCCCCCACCCCCCACCAUAAAAAGAAGAAGAAAAAAAAAGAAAAGUGGGGGAUUACUUACAUUUAUCAAGCACCAAGACUCCCUCUGCACUGCUUGCCUCCUUACCUCGCUUAAUGUCACUAAUGGGGCAACACUGCUCCAGUCCAAUGUUCCUCAUACAGGAGUAUUGGGGACCUGAAGAGCAGUGUGACAGCUACUAGAAUCUUGUUUAACCCUUCAAGGUAAAGCAACGUUUUAUCUUGUGGGAUUAAAUCUACAUGACCUAUGUGGAGAAAAUGGGGUAGCAACCUUUUUGUUUGUUUUUUUGCCUAGAGCUGCAAAAAUCCUUGCACUGGCCCAGGGCCGUCUUUAACGCGGGGCAAACAGGGCAGCUGCCCCAGGCCCUGUCCCUGCUGGGGGGCCCGAGGUAACUGCCCUGUUUGCCCUCUGCCGCAAACUAUGGGGGCCCAUUGGGUGGCCCAUGCACUUAGGGCCACCCAGUGGGCCUGUGUCAGCAGGGGCCCGGUCGGGUGCUGUGGCGCUUUAACAGCGCGACCAGGCCCUUGCUUUUCGACAGCCGUGCGUCACUUCCUCCCACAGAAACAGGAGCCGCGCGGGAGGAAGGAGGACCAGCUGUUCCGGAGGGGGCCAGGCCGGGAGAGCUUAACUCCCAGUCACCCCAGCCAGCCCACUUAACCCCAGGGAAGCCACCCUCCAGAAAAAGGUAAGAAACUGGAGGGUGGUUAUCAAAUUUUGCAUGAGUGUGUCAGUAUGUGUGUAUCUCUGUUAGUGUGCCAGUAUGUCUGUCAGUGUAUCUGUAUGUCUGUGUGUGUGAGAGUCUGUCAGUGUCUGUGUGGUUCAGUAUGUCUGUAUGUGUGUUUCAGUAUGUCUGUAUAUGUGUGUAUGUCUGUCAGUGUGUCAGUAUGUCUGUGUGUGUGUGUGUGUGUCUGUCAAUGUCUGUGUGGUUCAGUAUGUAUGUGUGUAUGUGUGUUUCAGUAUGGCUGUGUUUAUAUCUGUGUGUAUGUCUAUGUGUGUGUCAGUGUAUCUAUAUGUAGUCUGUGUGUAUCUGUAUGUUCUUGUGUGUAUCUACAUGCGGUCAGUGUGUAUCUGCAUGUGUGUCAGGUAGUGUAUUUGUGUGUAUCUAUAUAUAGUCAGGGGGCCCAAGUAAAUGCUUGCCCAGGGUCCAAUCGAAAUUAAAGACGGCCCUGCACUGGCCCUGCAUAUGGGUGUAUUGCUGUACUCCGACAACAUAGCUGAGCAACAUAUGAAGUAAUAUAGAGCCGUACCACACAUAGGUUUGCAAAAUAUACAGUACAAACUUACUGUGUGUGUCAAAAAGGCAAAAAAAAAUGCUUAUUUCCUGUACACUUUGUACAAGCAAGCUAGACCCCUUCCUACACCCCCCCCCACCCCCCCCGAUUCCCCAUUCUUACAUACUUGUCCUCUCCCACUACUUUUUACCUUCUAUUAAAAAAAAAAUUACAAAAUUAUGUUCAUGAUUAUAUAUUAUAUAUAUAUAUAUAUAUAUAUAUAUGUAUGUAUGUAUGUAUGUAUAUAUGGAGCAAUGCCACCACACAUGAGCAAAGAUGCAUAUUCAAUGACACCCCUUAAACAGCUCUAUCGCAGGACCAAAUGUAUUCAGUUUCAAAGGCAAACUGACAAGUUACAUAUUUUUGUGCACAAUUUGCACAUGCAUUUUAGCCCUGCUCAUUGUCAGCUCACCCAUUGUGACACAAAUGUUUUAUACUGUAUGGAAAUGUACAUUAAAUGAUGUGAUCCUCUUUUAACUUCCACACUUGCAGUACAAAAGGGCAUGUUUAUACGCAUUGAAUGAAUUGAUUUCUCAAAAUGAAUGUAACUCUAUAUACAUGAACCUAUAAAGAAAGAAUUAAAAAAUAUAUAUGUGCCUUUUAAAAUACCAUGGGGUUUCUUCUUUAUGAAAUAGUAUGUCUUUGUGGGGUAGUUGGAAUAAGUAGCCUGCUAAAAUACUUCAAAAUAGAACUUGGACCUAUCAAAAACCAUGAAUGAAAAUUUACACUUGAAAAUCUCAUAUUGACACGUAUAUUUUACAGCUUUGUAACUUAAACCAUAUGUUAUUUCCAAAAUCAUGUAAUCAAUUUUUUUUUCCUUUUAACUUUUGUUUGUUUUAUUCAUAGUAAAUAGGUUAUUUAUAUAGGAUAUGAAACUCCCUCUCCUUCUUUUGGAAGAAGAAAAAGUAGUAGUUAUAUGUAUUACUACUCACCCCCACUCCCCUCGCCAGACUUUUCCUGACUUCCUCCUCCCAUAUACUGGGUACAUGAUACAUAAACUAAGUUUGUUUAAUCAACACACUUGAUUGGGGACUGUUAUUUACCAUUUUAUCUCCAUAGUUAAUUUGCUCUGGACUUUUCUCAUACCUCAGUGUGGUGACUUCUAUGUCUUUGUUUCCUUGUAUGCCUUUGUAAUUCUUGUUCCCUGAUUGCUGUGCCUUCUCUUUUUUUCUGAAACCUUUUAAUAAACUUUGACUGACAUAAAAAACAUUGCUAGCAAAAUCUAGAUGUAAUUCUUUUUGUCUUGCCAGGGUGCAGAAACCAAAACCCUUGCCAUUCCAGAGCAGUGGCGCGGUCAGGGUGUGUACAAACUUCACUAUUCUCACCCCAUGUGUGAUGAAGGCUCGGUGACACUAUCAUGUGUUCCCAUGGGAAAACUUAUCGUUGUCAAUGGUAAUGCUUCCAUUUAAAAAUAUAAAAAUGCAUUUUAAUGUCCCCAGGCUUGCUCAACACAAGAGUCUUGUGUAAGAGUAUGAAGAGUAAAGUAAUGUUUCCUACAUCAUAUACACAGAAAUAUAGACCGUUCAUUCACUUUACUUAGCUUUACUUUCAGUUUGGCUACUCUGACCUGAUAUGUGAAAUUUGCUUUGGAUUCUCAACUUAGUAAAUAACUUUGUAUAUCUUUUAUAUAGCAAGAAAUAAUUUUCUCUUUGCAAUAUUUCAUACCAGGAAUUUAAACAAAAUCUCCAGGAUGUAGAUUACAUUAUUAGUUUUUAAAGCUUUAUAUAGAUAAUGCAAUAGAAAUAGUAAACAAAUACAGAAACGCUUUAAAAGUAUCCUUUAACACUCCUGUAUUCACUGGACAUUCAUGUACUAACUAUGCAUUAUAUUGCUAAUUGUUAGGGACCAGUCUAGGUCCCAAGUUAUCUUAAAGCGGCUCCUUGUAAAUAUGUAGAAAUUGGAUAGUUUUAUAAUAUUUUACUAUACUUUUUUUUUUUUCACAUCUGUAUUUUUACAGAUUAACAAUUUUUCAGCAGCUAGUCUGUAAUUUUAUCUUCAGGUAUCAACCAGUUUCCAUUUUGAAAGCUGGCUAAGAGCAAGUCAGAGUGAAGCAACUUUUCUCUAUGAGAAUCAUUACUUCUGUAAUAUCAGUCAGUAUAGAUCUGGAGCAAUGAAAGACGUAUACCCCUGUACUCACAUAACAUGUCUAAAGUGAAUCAAUGACUCUGUUCUGCUUCUUCAGAACCACAACAUGUACAUCAAGCAUGUAAAACUCACAGGUUAACACGUUCCAAAUAAACAAGGUUUAAGUUUAUAUGGGCCACAAAAAAAAAAAAAAAAACUUACAUUUUCAUAGAAACUUAGUUUUGUUUUUUUAAAAGUACAGUAUAAAAAAAAGCCCCCCCCCUCUACUAAACUACAGACCCCUCUACUAAACACCAGCCCCCCUCUACAAAAUCCCAGUCCCCCUCUACAAAAUCCCAGUCCCACCCCUUCUACUAAACCCCUGCCCCUGUUUAAAAAUAAAAAUAAAUUGAAAAUCCAUCUACCCGCACCUCUGGACCCUGCCCCUACCUAUUUCUAAUGAAUACCUUUCCUGGGCCACAAUGAUAUUCAUUGUGGGCCGCGAUUUUGAUAUGCUUGAUGCACAUCAAUAUAAAGAAUUGAGCAUCUGUAUGAAAUGAAAUGAUUAGUAAUUCAAGAAUCCUGCAGCAUGUACAUUACAUUUACUGCCGGGCAGCACUUUCAGCGGUGUCAUUAACAUGAAGGAAUUCUGUGUGUCUUGGAAGAUAUGGUGGAUAUGGCAACCCUACACGCAAGAUAUGGAAAGGAUUAACGGAGUUAAAUUUUAGCCAAUAACAUGCAUUUCCAGAAGGGUAAAAACUAGAUCAGGAUCAUAUUACAUUACUGUUUUUAAAAAUCCAUGUUACUCUCCAGAGCCCUAAGCUAGAAUCCUGCAGUGUAAGGGACAUUCGUUCCUCGUAGCUUACCUUCCACACACAGCCUUCCUCAUAUCACUGUGUGACAUAUUAGUAUGUAAUGGAAAAAUCAGGCGCAAUGAAUGAAUUGCACACAGGUUAACUUUUUAAAGGAAAGCAGGUAACAUUGGCAUAGUAUCCUAGUUUUAAAAAGAUGUAGUCAGUAAAUUUCCAAAUGCAGGAAUUGCUUAUAGAGAGACCAUCCAUAAAGCAUAUUCUGCACCCUUUGCUAAGAUGUGACCUGGAGAUUUGAAACAAAGCAUUAUAAGAUAAAAAAUACACAGGCAGUAACACAUGCGUCCUCUUUCACUAGUCCGAAGUCUAUGCCUUCCAGCAGCUCAGCUCACACUUCUGCCAGUGGCUGAGUACAUACUGAGAGGGAGAGGCUGAUCCUGGAAGACAUGGUGUGAGAACGAGGCUAUGCAUAAGGAGACCCGAUUAAGCUGCAGAUAGCUGGAAAAUCUGAUUUUCUUUUCUUUUUUUUUUGCUCGAUGUAUUAUGUUAUUUAAGUUUAGGUUUUUUUCCAAAAUGCAUUGAUAAAGAGGGAAUAAUAAAAUAAAGUUCUGAAAGGCAUUUUACAAAAUGCUAAAUAUACCAUAAUGACAUCAAGACUCUUCCAUGUUAGUUAAUUGAUUAUGUCAAAAAGUAAAAUGUACAAAAAUCAGAUAGAAAUAGCAGGAAAGAUUAAGUAAGGUAAGAAAGCAAGGGAGUGUUAGAAGGGUAUCGAAUCUAGAAAAUACCUGAGUGGAGUAUGCCAAGGAUUGUUGGUGAUGUCUAGAAUAGCUAUCAGACAUUACUUCCAUGAGUCCCAAAUUGGUUUGAAAGUCUCUAGCUUUCCCAGAAUUUUGAAGACCUUAACUCAUAUAAUUUUUUACCAGUUUAGGUGAUAUUUUACUGCUGACACAGAUGAAAGGCAGGUUGAUUUCCAAGCAUUGGGAUAUGUUUGUAAGGGUUGUUUUGAGGAUCUACAUGAAUAGCUUCUUGGGUGGGCCUGCAGAUAUGCAGGAAACCUAUUCAAUAAAAAAAAAUGUGGCAGGAUCCGGAGGGAGUAGCAGUUUGAAUUAAGGAAUGAAUAUUAGAAGAAAAAUGCUGUAGCAUUGGGCAGGACCAAAAAAUGAGUGAGUUGAUGCUUUGUUCACUUUUACAUCUCCAACACAUAGCUACUGGCACUAGGAAAAUGGAUGUCACACACUGUGGCACCUAAAGACUCAAUGCACCAAAACCACUACAGAGAACUUUAUUGCUAAUAUUGCUUAGAAUAAUAAAACUUUUAUUGCUUCUUAUACUAGCCACAUUUUGUAAACUUAAAGGGACACUAUAGUCACCAGAACAACUACAGCUUAUUGCAUUUGUUCUGGUGAGUAGAAUCAUUACCUUCACCCUAGUGAUCACUUCACUGGCCACUCCUCAGAUGGCUGUUAUAGAUCCUUCUUGGGUCAUGGCUGCCUAAAAUGCAUCCAAACAUUCAGUAUCUCAUCCCUCUGCAUGCAGACACGGAACUUUCCUGAUAGAGAUUCAUUGUUUCAAUUCAUCUCUAUGAGGAGAUUCUGAUUGGUCAGGGCUGUGUUUGAAUCAUGCUGGCUCUGCCCCUGAUCUGCCUCCUUGUCAGUCUCAGCCAAUCCUAUGAGGAAGCAUUGUGAUUGGAUCAGGCUAUCACUUCUGAUGAUGUCAGCAGACUGCUUGUUUUUCUGAGUCUAACAGCAUGCAGAGUUACACCUUCAGGCUUGAAUACAGUAAGAUUUUUACUAUAUUUAUGGAGGCAUGAGGGGCCCAGGUUUUAACACUAUUGGGUCAGGAAUACAUGUUUGUGUUCCUGACCAUAUAGUGAUCCUUUAAAAUACUGUGCAGGUAAAAUUCAUCUGUUUAAUUUGUACAGUAAUAGAACCCAUUUCCAUUAGAUUUAUACGAUCAUCCUAAAAACAAUGUUGACUCCUUCUGAUGUUAUGUGCAAAACCUAUUCCUGAAUAUUUUCCCCUCAAUAACUAUUCACAUAAUUUCUCCACUGUAGAUGUUAAACUCACAAGCCUAUAAUCUUUUGCAGAGAGACUUCCAUCACUAGGACAGAAACAAAAGUGAUUUAAAGCGUCACUCAUGCCAAACUUACCUUUCCCCAAUCCUUUCCUCUCUCAGGAUCUGUUCUUCUUUUCUUCCUAACUGAUCUAGUUUUCUUUGAAACAUAAGACAAAGUAGGGGCUAUUUUGUCUUAUGUAUUUUUCCUACUCUUGAUCAGCCUUGACUCAGAGUAGGAGCUAAGUCCGCUUUAUUUCCUGUGGUCAAAGAGAUUUUCCCACAAAACUCACUUCUCCUACAUUUUCUCCUGCUGCUUCAUUAGCCAAUCAAACACCGGCGAAACUACCGAUUUUCAUCCUAACAGAAUGAGAACAGUUUGUCCAUUCGUGUUAGAACGCAAUUCGGUUAUCUUUGUUCGGAUCGAAUGCAUAAAACUCUGAUCCUGUUCGUGCCACGGCUGCAUCUUGCAGCCGCUUAAUAGAUAGCUCCCUAAUUCCCACGGUACUUACUAAAAGGCUGAAAGACCUAUUGUCCAGUCCCCCACCCAUGAACUGCGAGUGCGAGCCCUAAGUUAUAAUGGGGGAGGAUCUAUGGUCCUGCCCCCACACAUGGGCGGUGGUUGGGGGCCCUAAUUUACAAUAGGGGGGUGAUCUAUUGUUCCCUCUUUCCGGCCUCCACCCAUGAGUGGUGGGUGGGACCUCUAGUGACAAUUAAGGGGAGGACUUAAUAUUCCCCCUCCAGGCCCCCACCCAUGAGCAAUGGAUGGGGACCCUAAGUUACAAUAGGGGAGGGCUUUUUGUCCACGCAGCCCCCACCCAUGAGCGGCAGAUGAGGACUCUAGUGACAGUGGGGGACCUAUUGUCCCCCCCAGCCUCCACCCAUGGAUGACGGGUGGGGGCUAAAUGUAAACCCCACGGUGACAAGGGGUCCCCAAGCCCCUAGUCAUCCACCCUCAAAUAAAAUAAAAGCCUACCUACCCCCCUCACCCUACACUAGUGAAGGGAGAUGCAAUAAACCUAAAUACCUUUAAAAAAAAAUAAAAUCAUACUUACCAUUAGAUGUCUUCUUUUAUCUAAAAAAAGAUUUUAGUCCCAAAAAGGGCCACAUAAAAAUCCAUAAUUCCCAUCAAACAAAAUAAAAAAACCCAAGCGCAAAAAAUAAAUGUGCCAACCCCCCCCCCACCAAAAAAAAACAUUCUUGAUGCUAAAAAAAAGACACUCUAGUUACCUAAACCACUUCAGCAUAAUAAAGUGGUCUGGGUGCCAGGUCCCUCAGGUUUUAACCCUUCAGAUGCACACAUAGCAGUUUCAGAGAAACCGUUAUGUUUACAUUUGGGGUUAAUCUAGCCUCUAGUGGUUGUCUUCCGGACAGCCACUAGAGGCGCUUCUGCGACUCUGGAGGCACAUUUCGCCUCCAUCGCGCAGAGCGUCCAUAGGAAAGCAUUGAAUAAUGCUUUCCUAUGGACACUUUGAAUGUGCGUGCGGCACUUGCCACGCAUGUGCAUUCGGCUCAGCAGAUGUCGGACGGGGGAGGAGAGGUAACCAGCGCCGAGGAAGCCCGGCGCUGGAUUAAGGUAAGCUGCUGAAGGGGAGGGGUUCCUUUAAGCCAACCAAUAAGAGUUCUCUGACAGGAACAUCUUGAGCCUUACCUGAUUGGUUACUUGCAAGGCUCAAGAUUUACCUUAAUUAUUUUUAUUGGUGCCCCACUAAGUGGCACUUUAGUAGUAUUAGUAUUGUGGGAAAAUUACUUUGACUACAGGAAGUGGAGUGGACUUAGUUCCUCCACUGGGUCAAAGCUGGUCAAGCGUAGGAAAAAUAUAUAAAACAAAAGAGUCCCUACCUUGUCUUAGGUUUUAAAGAAAAUUCGAUCAGAUAGGAAGAAAAGAAGAACAGAUCCUAAGAGAGGAAGAGAAGAGGAACCGAUGGGGGGGAGGGGGGGGAGGAAGGUAAGUUCUGCAUGACAGUGCCGCUUUAACUCCUAAAUGUCAGAGGAUUAAACAGUCAGACUGCAGAGGCAUAAUCUAUACGAAAACACUGCUUAAUUAAGAUACAUUUUUCUUAUGACUUUAGUGUCCUUUUAAUGUAUGUCAUUGACUUGAGCUUUGUAUAUUUUAUGUAGGAACUCUAAAGAUUAACAAUGAAAUGAAAAGUGUCAAAAGGCUGCAGGUUUCCACCGAUUUGUACAUUUCAUUCCCACAACAAGGUAAGACUGUUUUACUAGAGUCGAUAUCUUUUCCAAAAGUUUGAAUCCAAACCAUAACUUAAUGCACUGUAUGCCCUUCAUAGCCCCACCGUCCUGAUUUCACCCUCAGAUGACUCUGCCUUUGGAUACACUUAGACUCCACCCUUGACGCUGAACUUAACUUAUUGCUCGUUUUGUUGGUCUCAAGUUAAAACCAGCCGGUAGCUUGUAGUUGCUACAAAUUACCACCAGAUUUACAGCCUUGUUGCUAAAUUUUUGUAGUUCAACACUAAUAACAGUUGCCACUACAGACACCAACUAGUCACAGUUUAGCAGCUUGCUGGUAAAGUCCAAAAACACACCUGAGUAUGCUCAUUUUGCCCUGUAUGGCAUUAAAGGACCACUAUAGUGCCCUGAGGGUGCCCCCACCCUCAGGGUUCCCAUCCCACCGGGCUCUAGGGGAUGGAAGGGGUUAAACUUACCUCUUUCUCCAGCGCUGGGCGGGGGACUCUCCUCCUCCUCGGCUGAAUGCGCAUGCGCGGCAAGAGCCGCACGCGCAUUCAGCCAGUCCAUAGGAAAGCAUUCUCAAUGCUUUCCUAUGGACGCUGGCGUCUUCUCACUGUGAAAAUCACAGUGAGAAGGAAGCCCUCUAGCUGUCAAUGAGGACAGCCACUAGAGGCUGGAUUAACCCUAUUAUAAACAUAGCAGUUUCUAUGAAACUGCUAUGUUUAUAGAAAAAAGGGUUAAACCUAGCUGGACCUGGCACCCAGACCACUUCAUUAAGGUGCCUAUAGUGGUCCUUUAAGUGGCUAAGUAUAGGGUAGCGGUUCUCAUAGAGAAUAAUGAAAGCCAUUAGUUCCUGCUUAGCAACUGACUUUCAUUAUUGUCAGCCAAUAAUUCCUUGUAGCUACUUGUGAAAUGGCAGUCAGUAAGCAGCCACUACUCUCUAAAAGUAGUGUUAGGCAUUUUAGAAAGUAAUGGCUGGUUAGUAUAAGUAGAAACAGGACUGUAAACGAGCCAUAAGUCUGUGGUCACCUGAUACAUGCACAGACAGAAAUGAGAAUGAAUCCUGUGACUAAGGACUGGAAGGUCCAAAUCAUGUGAGGUUUCCUUUGCUGUAAUUGCCAAUAAAGUUUGCUUUACUUUCUUUGGUGAUUGCUUGUUUUGAAGUGCUUUGUAGAAACCUGUAUCUGUUUAGUUUUUCACAAAUGCAUUUAUCCAUAUAUAGGCACUCAUGCACCGAAGCAUGCACAACACACACCAAGAGACAGAUGUAGACACCCUCAUGUAAUGAAAGAAACAUAAUGCAUGCACAGACAGAAAGACUCAGAGAUAUGCAUACAUACACACUCUGUAUACAAAUGCCUCCUCAUCACUGUUGUUCCAGUGUUCAAUUGCUGGUGUUUUCAGGGUACAGUAAGAUGACAAUAUUCUGGAAAUUCUACUUUGUCUCUGUUACUGAAAAAUAGGAUAACGUGAAGCAGAGUACACUUCUUGGUUUACUAAAUUAAACUAAAUGAAUAAAACGGUUUUAUCAAAAAAGGUGAAAACUUGGCAAAGUGAAGCAGUGUAAAAAUUAAUAAAUGCUGCCAAAAGAUGGAACUGUCUUUCACAAUUCCAAACACCAUAUAUGUACAAAAACUGAAGGUCUUUGGCGCCAAAUUUUGUGCAAUUAUAACGUGUUCAUGCAAUCAUAAAUUGCAAGUGCAUCCAAAACGUGUUAUCUUAAAACAUUGGAAGUAAAAGCACUUUUAAAUUACUUGACGUGGAAGCACUCUCAGGUAGUAUAUAUGAAAGGAAAGAGAACAAACAAAACACUUUUAUAGUGUAGUAUUUAAUAUACAUAAAACAUAUAACAAGUGUAAAGCACAAAAUAAAUUGUGAAAAAUACGCCUUGCCAUUUAUCUCGAGAACAGUAUUAACUGGAGGUCAGUUCUAGAGAUAAGUGGCAAGGAAAUCUCUCACUGUUUUAGCAGAGUUCCUAUAUGGUGGAUCAACUGCAAUAGGUUUCACAAAUCGCUAGAGGUUCACUUCAAUUUUCAUAUGGAGACUGUUUGCUUAAUUGUUUUUCCAGAUAACAAUGUCGCCUCUGUGUAUAAAGACCUUCAGAAAUUAUCACGUUUGUUUAAAGACCAACUGGUGUACCCUUUACUUGCAGCCACUCGACAAGGUAUCGUCUCUCUUUUUAUUCUUUUGCUUACCUGACUUCCUAAGGGAACCUGGUAUUUUUUAUUUGUGUACAUGAAUGAAAUGUUGAACUAGCAAAUAUUUUUGCAAGUUAUUUAUUUUUGUUUGAGAAUUUUGAGAACUUUCUGCAAUUGUUUACAGAAAGCACUGUUUCUAAUGACUGUCCUGAAAUGUUGUCUGUCAUGAAAUGGAUAUUUUUUACCAACUCACUUCUCAUUUACUUCCUCACUUUGCAUUUAUACAUAACUCUUUAGAGGAAGUGGUGCUAGUUUCAUGCCUCUUUAUUAGCUCUUGUUAGUAUAAUGUACAAAAGGACGUGUAGUUUUAACCAAUAUUACCCAGAUAUAUGAAUAGUUGCUCUAUUGAUUAGAUCAUCAGGUGUGAAGUUCCUCUUUAAUGUAAACACUUUAACUGUGUGUCACUAACCAAUCACCCCUCUUACAUAUUCUUUGCCACUUUAAUUACCCUAGUACUAAACCUCCCGGACAUGUUUGGACUGGUGGUCCUCCCCCUGGAAUUAAAAUUGCGUGUUUUCCGACUCUUGGAUGUGCAGUCUCUCCUCUCUCUGUCUGCGUCCUGCCGAGAAUUAUGUGCCGAUACUGAAGACCCCUCACUGUGGCGAUUCUUUUACAUGCGAGAUUUCCGAGGUGAGGUGACUACUUUGCCAAGCAUUUUCAUUUUCAACAUAAAGGAGACUGACAGUAACGGGCAAUAUUAAGGGAAAGUGAUGUCUAAAAUGGAAAAAUCUGUAAAUACAUAUACUGUAUUUUCUAUCUGUGUGUAAAAAGGUCACUCUCUGGAGUGAAUCAGCAUGUAUCAGUUUUAUCUGGUGCUUUGUUAUUUUUACUUUCUGUCUCUUUAUUUCCCAUUGUCUAAUUGCCUCAGUGUAUAUGUGCUUCUUUUUCUUAAAGGGACACUGUAGGCACCCAGACCACUAUAGCUCAUUGAAGUGGUCUGGGUGCAAACUCCCUUAACCCUAGAGUUAUUAUUAUUGCAGUUUUUAUAAACUGCAAAAUUACCUGCUAGAGUUAACCCCUCCUCUAGUCGAUGUCUACCACACAGCCACUAGAGGGACUUCCGGUUGCUUAGACAACUUUGCAUGAGGACUUCCAGCGUCACCGGAAUCACCAUAGGAAAGCAUUGAAAGCAUGGAAAUAUUAAUGCAAGAGCGGCCAUUGCCACGCAUGCACAUUAGGUCUUCCCAGACGUCGGUGGGGGAGGAGGAUGGGCGGAGCUGAGCCAGCGCAGAGGGACAUCGGCGCUGGACUCUAGUAUGUGUCAGAAGGGGUUAUUAACCUCUUCUGAACCACGAGCUAUAGUGCCAGUAAAAUGAGUUUGUUUUCCUGGCACUAUAGUUUCCCUUUAAUUUUGGCUUUUUCUGUCUCAUCUUACCUGUCAUUUUCAGAAUGCUGCUUCUGUGUGUUUACAGUACAUUCCUUAUGAAUUACAGCUGUAUGUGUCAGAAAUGAAAUUGGCAAUUCUUGCCCAUGAAAAAACAAAACAUAUUCUGCUGUGGUUAUAGUGAUAGCUUCAAAGACCGCACUUUGCCAGGCCUUCACAGGCACGUGCUGCAGCUGGCUGACCACUCUGUGACAAAAAAAAGGCUCCAGUAAUCAGGAGCCUCUCAUUCUGUCUGCUUAUAUUAUCUUAUUAACUCCUGUCCAUAUGCAGUUUGUCCUCCAGCGUUAGUUCCCAAUCGUCACAUGAGUAGAACUGCUGAGUUAAUGGAUCACUAUAGAGUCAGAAACACAAACAUGUAUUCCUGACCCUAUAGUGUUAAAACCACCAUCCAGUCCCCUUGGCUCCUCAUGCCUCUAUAAAUAUAGCAAAAUCUUACUGUAUGCAAGCCUGAAGCUGUAACUCUGCAUGCUGUUUGCCUCAGAAAAACAAGCAGUCUGCUGUCAUCAUCAGAAAUUGUAGUAAGAUCCAAUCACAAUGCUUCCCCAUAGGAUUGGCUGAGACUGACAAGGGGGCAGAUCAGGGGCAGAGCCAGCACAAUUCAAACACAGCCUUGGCCAAUCAGCAUCUCUUCAUAGAGAUGAACUGAAUCAAUGAAUCUCUAUGAGGAAAGUUCAGUCUCUGCAUGCAGAGUGAGGAGACACUGAAUGUUUGGAUGCAUUUUAGGCAGCCAUGACCCAGGAAGCACCUAUAACAGCCAUCUGAGGAGUGGCCAGUGAAGUUAUCACUAAGCUGUAAUGUAAACAUUACAUUUUCUCUGAAAAGACAGUGUUUACAGCAAAAAGCCUGAAGGUAAUGUUUUUAUUCACCAGAACAAAUUCAAUAAGCUGUAGUUGUUCUGGUGACUAUAGUGUCCCUUUAACUAAGCGGUGUAAUGUACCUAUUAGCAAAUUAAUAGUUGUAUGAAUUGGGCUGUUUUCAACGCCCAAUAUAUAUAGGUUCCACUCCUUGCUGUACGGAUCAGGUUUGCGGUUUUGAUAUUGCUAAUACAGAAGUUCUUACGUCUCUAUUAGUGAUUUCAAUUCUGCUCAUAUUUGGACAGAAUUCAUUAGCCUAACUUCUAACUAGAUGAACUAGAAAAAAACUAGAUAAAAAAGUUGUAUGAAUUGGGCUGUUUUCAACACCCAAGCCUCCAAUGGUGCAUGUGUGCUGCAGCAGUUCGAGCUCAGUGUGAUGACCUGAUUUUGCCCCUCAGCCAAUAACCUUUCUUUUAUCUGCCCCUUUUACGUCAACAUAGCUUUGAACUACUGUUAAAAUAAUAGUGACAUUGAUUGGCUGGGGGGUGGCCCCAAAUCAGCAGCUCACCUCAUAAUGAUCUCUAAUUGGCUACGGUGCACUGCGUACCUUCCAAUCAGAAAAAGAUUUUGUGAACUUUUGAGCUGGGUUGUGCCCAAAGUGUUGUGUUUUUUAUAUAUAUAUAGGUUACUCUCCUUGCUGUAUGGAUCAGGUUUGCUGUUUUGAUAUUGCUAAUACAGAAGUUCCUACUUCUCUAUUAGUGAUUUAAAUUCUGCUCAUAUUUGGACAGAAUUCAUUAGCCUAACUUCUAACUAGAUAAAAUGUAAUGCUUUGAGCUUGCGAAUUCCUUUUAAAUAGAGACUAAAUAGAUAGAUAUAUCUGUGGGAGAGGGAAAUUUAUACUUUAGCUAUAUCAGAGGCUGAACCAGUGGGAUUCAGGGGAUCCAGAUGUCAGCCGUUAGAAAACUUUGAAACUUCGACAACUUACCAGGGGAGAGUGCCAGGAGACUCUUGAAACCAUUACAGAUAGUAGUGGAUAUGGUGCUUAGGCAGCCCCCUUUAAAAUAGGCACAGCUUGUAACAUUAUAUAAAUCAACUUGAAAAUGUUUGUGUACAUUUGUGAAGACUGACAUAAUUAAUAUUAGAACACUCUACUGAGUUUGUCUACAAUGCAAAGUGUUGUCUGUAUACUUUAUGUCAAGCAGAAAUGUCAGUGUACUCAAAUAUAACAACUGUAAAUUAAAUAGAUGAAUAUUGAUUUUGCCAAUAGAAAAUGCCUUGUAGGAAUUACAAAUUUCCUUACACUUGCUUUAUGAUAGACAUGAGAAGUGCUGUGAUUAUCUGUUGCUCUGUAAAUAUAAUUGAAGAGAUCGUUAUGGUUUAUAGACAGUUUACUCUCACUUCUGUAGUAACUGUUGUCUUUGUCUUUAGAUCCUAUUCCCAGGAGCCAGGACACAGACUGGAAAGAGGUAAGUGUGUAUUUGUAUGUUAUUUGUAGCAUUUCAGUGUAAAUAUGAAGUGAUAAAAUGUUCACUACCUUAUUGCCCUAAUAAAAUUACCACAUUUCAUAAAUAAUUACUGGUGCAAUUUAUGGCAUCUGAUUUUCCAAAUAGAAAUCUUUGGGAUGUGCAAUAAAUUGAGUAGUCAUAUUGCUGAUGAUAAGGUUUAUCACCUGUGAUAGAUCAUUUUUUACAGCAAAAUAUUUCACAAGGGGGGGAAGUGCAGGGAUAUAUUGCAUGUGGCAAGUAGCCUAUUUCUACUAGCCACCUACUUGUAAUGGGGUUUAUGAAAAAAAUAGGGAACAAACUAUCUUAAUUCCUUACCUAACCCUCCUUAGCUUAUGAAUAGUUUAAUAAAUCCUCUUGUAGGCAGAUACAGCUUUCCACCAAUUUUUACGCCCAGAGAGGCUAGGGCUCUAUUUCUACCUAUUACCCAUACCUAGUGGCAGGGCUGGACUGGGGAUACGAAGCAGCCCUGGAAAAAAAUCUAUGCCAGCCCCAUAAGUCACUGUGCUAUGUAGUGUGUGAUAUAUAUCUGUAAUAGAAGGCUGCACUCACGGAUUCCAUAAAAUAUAACUUUUAAUCAGUCUUGUUAAAAAAAAAAUCAACGUUUCAGUCCUACUUGAGGACUUUCAUCAGGAUUAUCCUGAUGAAAGUCCUCAAGUAGGACUGAAACGUUGAUUUUUAAAAAUUUUUUUUUUAACAAGACCGAUUAAAAGUUACAUUUUAUGGAAUCCGUGAGUGCAGCUUUCUAUUACAGCCAUUUGGAUGUUUGGAACCCUGGUAGUGCACCCGGUCUUGGGAGUUGAAGUCUGGCAAACAGUCACACAGUCCCACACACACACACAGGCAAACAGUCACACACACACAGUCCCACACACACACAGGCAAACAGUCACACACACAGUCCCACACACACACACACACAGGCAGACAGUCACACACGCAGGCAGACAGUCACACAGUCACACACACACACUGACCUGCUUCUUACCUCCAGAUCCCUUGGAGCUCCUGGAGGCAGGUUGUUGGGGAAGCAGGGACUCCUUCCUGCUUCCCAUGCUGCAGUUACCCGGCUCAUUUAAUCCCACUCCCAUUGCACGCUAAGCGCCGCCCUGUCACACUAAGCUCUGCCCCCGACGCAAUAGUGUUUUUUUUUUAUGAUCCUUGUGUGAGCUGUGCCGGCCGCCUGGCUCCCCCUGCUCCCAUGGGGCCCUGUGCGGUCGCACAGCUCGCACAUGGCCGGCUGGGAUUACAGGAGCCUGAGCAAUGAUUAGGGCUGUCAGACCAACACCACCUGCUGUGGCCCACCAGGAAAUUUCCCGGUAUCCCGGUGGGCCAGUUCGGCCCUGCCUAGUGGUGUGGAAUUAUGAACAGUUGAGCUGUGUGCUGCCCCUCAAUUCUUAAUAACUUUAAUCUUAUCUUUGCUCAGAAAUGCGUUAGACUUGAGAAAAGCAGGUUAUCUCUAAAGUUUAUUACAAAAUUCCGUUAGUCCAAUAAAAAAGUCUUACAAGAUACUAAUGUUAUCUGUUUUUAACUUUAAUCUUGUUAGCCAUGAGAUGGGAAUCCGUAAUAAGUAGUACAGUAGGUCAGACACAGUGGACACUACUUAUUCCAAACCCAUAACCAGCAGUUAGGGGAUUAUAUGAAUAAACAAUGGCCGCUUUAGUUGGCUUGCCACUCGUAACCCACAUCCUUAAUAAAUAAUAUGAAGGCACCUGCCUGUUGUCCAAGGGUUGGGGCUAAAGGGGUGGGAUAGUUAGAGUGUGCCAGCCGAUUUUAAUGGCCCCCAUUUGCCAGCCCGAUAAUAGAAAUGGUAAAUAGCUUGCAAUUCAUUUUGAAGGAAAACACAUGUUAAUAUCAGUGGAUCUAAUUUACCCUUUUGGCUACCCCUUAUAUAGAUAAUAGGAAAAAAAAACACCUCUCUGCUAGGGACUGGGUACUGGUACUAUACGUGGAGAGGAUGUCACUGGGAGGGCAAACAAACAAAAACUAUUUGUUUACCAGUUUGGCCAAUUUAAUUUAAAAUUGUUGGAUAAGCUUUCCAAAUUAUUAAAUAUGUUUGGAUAAACUUUACAAAAUAUUUUAUAUUUAUAAUAGAUAUUUUAAUUUUGUAAUAUUUUGAUAGUUUUUUAAAAUAUAUUUUAGGUGAUAUAUUUUUUGAUAUUUUAAUAUUUUGAGUAAAUAAUUUUAAACAUUUAUUAAAAACUAUUAAUUCAAAUUGUUGGUGUUUUUUCAGCUUUACAAGAAGAAACACAGACAGAAGUGGGAGACAUUACGAUCAAGACGCAUGAUCUUCAUUCCUCCAGUACCACAUCCUCUCCCUUUCCAUCCCAGUCCCUAUUACCCCAGCUCAUUUCCGCCACCCAGCACAUUCCCACCUGGAAUUAUUGGUGGAGAGUAUGAUGAGCGCCCGGUUCUUCCCUUAGUUGGAGAUCCCAUAACUUCUUUAAUUCCUGGCAUAAGCCCCACCUCUGGACGCUUCCAUCCAUUCAGGCCACACUUUGACCCAGUGGGGACACUUGCAGACCCAAAUCCAACACUUCAGGGCCGUAGUGGUCCCCGUCCCAGUAGAGGGAGAGGUCAUGACACACGAAGGGCAUUUAUUUGAACUUUUAGUGAGUAAUAAAUACCAGACUGCGGAUAGAAGAAUUGUACAUUCUGUUCUGUGGCUUAAACCAAAGGUGCAGUCAGCGUGUCUGUGAAUACUGUUUUUCCUGCACCAAUUAGGAGGCUUACUUGACAUGCUAGUUACGUGCACCUUACUGCCUUUUAAUUCUUUAACAAUCUUUUAUGUGAGAUAUCAAAACGAAAACAAAAACAUAUCCAGCAAGAGAAUGACCUGCCUAGCAGAAAGGCUUAUUUAU